AUGGCAGAAGAUGAAACAAAAGCAUUGAAGGAGUUCACGGCUCCUACUGCACUCACAACAUCAUCUUGUAUUGUUGUAGCUCCUAUUCCUGCAGGAAUACGUUUUGAGAUUAGACCAGCAACAAUCCAGAGCUUGCCUAACUUUUAUGGGAAGACGAAUGAAGAUCCUUAUCUCCAUGUGGAGGAAUUCAAAGACAUAUGUGGAACUUUUCGGUAUGAGAUAUCAGAUGAGCAGAUCCGUUUAAGGCUUUUUCCUUUUUCAUUGAAAGACAAAGCAAGAAAGUGGCUAAGCUCUCUUCCCCCUGGUUCCAUCAAUACUUGGGAUGAUUUGGUUAAAAAGUUCUUGUUGAAAUUCUUCCCAGCUAAGAAAACCAAUGCUCUCCAAGCAGAAAUUUUUGGCUUCUCCCAACCUGAGGGAGAACCUUUUUAUGAGAGUUGGGAGCGUUAUAAGGAUUUGUUCUUGAAGUGUCCUCACCAUGGAUUUUCUAAACCCCAAAAGGCUCAAUUUUUCUACAGAGGUUUGAACUCCCAAAGUAGAAGUAUGGUGGAUGCUACAGUUGGUGGAAGCUUGAUGGGAAAGACGGCAGAAGAGGCAAUUCAAGCUUUUGAGACUAUAUGUGAAAAUUCACAGCAAUAUGAUCCUUAUACAUCAGUGCCCAAAAGAGGAGGACUAUAUGAGGUUAGUGCAAGUACUAAGUUGGAAGAGCAAGUUGCAGCCUUGGCAAGACAAAUGAAGAGCCUUACUCCUCUGUUAAAUAAGGCUGCAAGGGAGACAUGUGCUUUGUGUUCAAGUAUUGCACAUACCACCGAGGCGUGUUCUGAAAAUUUCUUCCAAGAUGAGCAAGUCAACAUGGUGAAUAAUUAUAGAAGGCCUGUGAAUGAUCCUUUUUCAAAUACUUAUAAUCCAGGUUGGAGGCAACAUCCAAAUUUCUCUUAUAGCAAUAAUAAUCAAGUGCAGAUGCCAAGGAAUCCUCCCAUGCAAAAUUAUCAAGGGCCAAUUGAACAAAAGAAACCAUCUCUUGAAGAAACCAUGCAGCAACUUGCACAAAAUCAGAUGGAAUUUCAAAAGGCCAAUGCUCAGAUGCUUCAAGCUAUUCAAGAGACCAAGAAAGAGCAGCAAGUUCAAUCUCAAGCUAUUUCUAAGCUAGAAGUUCAAGUUGGUCAGAUUGCCACUGCCUUGAAUGAGAGAGAACAAGGGCGUUUACCUAGCCAAACUCUUGCUAAUCCAAGGGGUCAAUUUGAGAAACAUGAGCCUAUGAAAGCUGUGAUCACGUUGAGGAGUGGAAAAGAAGUUGAUAUUAAAGUUCGUAGUCCAGGAGAUAUUCAAGAAGUCGAACAAAAAGAAGAAGUCGAACAGGGGAUUGAUGAGUCUGUUGCUAUCCCAAAAAUUAAUGAGUCAGCAGAGAAAGAUUCUGCAGGAGGAUUGAAGCUGCAACAGCAAUCCCGAAAACGAACUGAUUCGAACCCAGCGACUUCUAGCACCCCAGAAACGACUUUAAGGCCUACUGCAGAGUCUCAAUUUGUUCCUCAACCUCCAUAUCCACAGUUGCUUCAGAAGCCAAAGAAAGAUAGGCACUUGACCGAGAUUAUGGAACUAUUUCGCAAGGUGCAAAUUAAUAUUCCUUUGCUUGAUGCCAUUAAACAAAUCCCAGCUUAUGCGAAGUUUUUGAAGGAGUUAUGCACUAAUAAGAGAAAAUUUGAAGAUCAUGAGAAGGUGUUGUUGUCAGAAGAGGUCAGUGCCGUAAUUCAAAGGAGACUCCCUCCAAAGUUGAAGGAUCCAGGAAGCUUUACAAUCCCCUGCACAAUUGGUGAUCAUUAUUUUGAGCGUGCUUUGAUGGACUUGGGUGCCAGCGUUAACUUGAUGCCAUACUCUCUAUAUUUGAAAUUAAAGCUUGGUGACCUGCAACCAACAUCAAUCACCUUGCAAUUUGCAGACCGAUCAGUCAAGAGGCCAAAGGGAAUUGUUGAAGAUGUGUUAGUGAAGGUUGAUAAGUUCAUAUUGCCUGCAGAUUUUGUCAUUCUCGAAACUGAACCAGAUGCUUAUUCAAGUGAGGAUGUACCAAUCAUUUUGGGUCGUGCAUUUAUGGCUACUGCUGAUACCAUAAUUAAAGUAAAAGAUGGACUUCUAUCUAUGACAGUUGGUGACAUGUCAGUGGAGUACAAGAUUUUUGAAGCGGGUCGACGUCCCUCUGAUGAUGGUAAAUGCUUUAUGGUUGAUUCUAUUUCUCCUAUUACUCAUGAAUCUUUUGUUUUGAAUUCAUCUCAAGAUCCCCUUGAAGUAUGCUUGACACAAUCUGGAAUGGAUUUUGAUGCCAAGAAAGAGGUUGAUGAGUUAGAGAAGCUUCUUAAUGUUGCACCGGUUUUUGAAUCAAGAAAGUGGAACCAAUUUGAGUCUUUACCUUUGUCCACAAAUAAAGUUGUGCCUUCCAUUCAGCAAGCACCGAAGUUAGAGCUCAAGCCACUGCCACAACACUUGAAAUAUGUAUUUUUGGGUGAAAGUGAGACACUUCCAGUGAUUAUUGCUUCGGACCUUUGUGAAGAAGAUGAAAAGAAGUUGUUGCAAGUUCUUCAAGCUCACAAAACAGCGAUUGGAUGGACAAUUGCAGAUAUUAAAGGUAUAAGUCCUACAAUGUGUAUGCACCGAAUCCAUCUUGAAGACAAUAUGAAGCCAACACGUGAUGCACAAAGGCGUUUGAAUCCACCAAUGAAAGAAGUUGUGCGGGCUGAAAUUUUGAAGCUCCUCGAUGUUGGAGUUAUAUAUCCAAUUUCAGAUAGCCAAUGGGUUAGCCCAGUUCAAGUGGUGCCUAAGAAGUCGGGAAUAACCGUUGUGAAGAAUGAAAAAGAUGAAUUAGUGCCUACAAGGAUGACUACGGGUUGGAGAGUAUGUAUUGAUUACCGAAAGCUCAACACUGCCACACGCAAAGACCACUUUCCAUUACCUUUUAUUGAUCAGAUGCUCGAGCGAUUGGCGGGUCAUAAUUAUUAUUGUUUCCUUGACGGCUAUUCAGGGUAUAAUCAAAUUCCUAUUGCACCGGAGGACCAAGAAAAGACUACAUUUACUUGUCCUUUUGGUACUUUCGCUUACCGGAGAAUGCCUUUUGGAUUGUGUAAUGCACCUGCUACCUUCCAACGGUGUAUGAUGAGUAUUUUCUCUGACAUGGUGGAGCGAUUUAUUGAGGUAUUUAUGGACGACUUCUCUGUUUUUGGUUCUUCUUUUGAUGAUUGUUUGCUUCAUUUAACUCUAGUGCUCAAAAGAUGUCAAGAAACCAAUCUUGUGCUAAAUUGGGAGAAGUGCCAUUUUAUGGUCAAGCAAGGUAUUGUGUUGGGACAUAUUGUUUCAAGCAAAGGCAUUGAAGUUGACAAGGCAAAAGUAGAUUUAAUUACCAAUCUUCCUCCACCAACAACAGUAAAGGGAGUACGUUCUUUCCUUGGCCACGCCGGAUUUUAUCGGCGUUUCAUGAAGGAUUUUAGUAAGAUUGCAGGACCAUUGAGCAAUUUAUUAGCAAAAGAUGCAGAAUUUGUGUUUGAUGAAGCAUGUCUAGAGGCGUUUAACAAGCUCAAGGCCCUCCUAACUUCAGCUCCUAUCAUAAAGCCUCCGGAUUGGAACUUACCAUUUGAAUUAAUGUGUGAUGCGUCGGAUUAUGCGGUGGGUGCAGUUUUGGGGCAGCGUAUAGAGAGGCUUCCUCAUGCUAUUUAUUAUGCUUCAAAGACUCUAAAUGAUGCUCAACUUAACUAUUCUACCACUGAGAAAGAGUUGCUUGCGGUUGUGUUUGCUCUAGACAAAUUUCGGUCUUAUUUGAUUGGUUCCAAAGUAAUUGUCUACACUGAUCAUGCUGCCCUUAAAUAUUUACUUGCCAAGAAAGAUGCCAAGCCUCGGCUAAUCCGUUGGGUUCUUUUACUUCAAGAAUUUGAUUUGGAGAUAAAAGAUAAAAAAGGAAGUGAGAAUGUGGUUGCAGACCACUUGAGUAGAUUGGUGCAUGAAGAUGAUGAAGUGGACUGCCUUCCUUUGAAUGAAAAUUUCCCUGAUGAACAAUUGUUUAUGGUACGUGAUUCUCCUCCUUGGUUUGCUCAUAUUGUGAACUUUAUUGUUACUAAAAAAAUUCCAGAUCAUUGGAGCAAGCAAGAGAGGGAGAAAUUUCUUUCUAAAGUGAAGCAUUAUAUUUGGGAUGAACCGUAUUUAUUCAAAUAUUGCUCAGAUCAGUUGGUUAGAAGAUGUGUACCAGAAAGUGAGUUUCAAAGCAUUCUUCGUUUCUGUCAUAGUUAUGCUUGUGGCGGGCAUUUUGGAGCCAAGAAAACAGCAGCUAAAGUUCUUCAAAGUGGCUUUUAUUGGCCAACAUUAUUCAAGGAUUCUUUUGAAUUUUGUUCUUCAUGUGAUCGUUGCCAACGAAUGGGUAAUAUCUCUAAACGUGACAUGAUGCCUUUGAGUAAUAUUUUGGUGGUUGAAUUAUUUGAUGUUUGGGGAAUAGACUUCAUGGGACCUUUCCCUCAAUCCUUUGGCAAUCUCUACAUAUUGGUGGCAGUGGAUUAUGUAUCAAAGUGGGUUGAAGCAAUUGCUUGCAAGACUAAUGAUCACAAGGUGGUACUUUCUUUUCUCAAAGACAAUAUUUUUGCUCGUUUUGGCACUCCUAGAGCCAUUAUAAGCGAUGGAGGACUACACUUUUGCAACAAGCCAUUCGCAUCACUUAUGAAGAAAUAUUCCAUCACUCACAAAGUGGCUACACCUUACCACCCUCAAACUAGUGGUCAAGUUGAGAUUUCCAACCGGGAAAUUAAAAAUAUUUUGGAGAAAACAGUUCACCCGGAUAGGAAAGAUUGGUCUCAACGUUUGAAUGAUGCUCUAUGGGCGUAUAGGACAGCCUAUAAAACUCCAAUUGGCAUGUCACCAUAUCGCUUAGUUUUUGGGAAGGCUUGUCAUCUUCCGGUGGAGUUAGAGCACCGAGCAUAUUGGGCAAUCAAGCACUACAAUUUUGACAUGAAUGCAGCCGGUGAACAGAGAGCAUUGCAGCUGAAUGAGAUGGAGGAAAUUCGUAAUGAGUCUUAUGAGAAUGCAAAAAUUUACAAGGAGCGCACCAAGAGGUUUCAUGAUAAAGUCAUUCGUCAAAAGACAUUCGAACCAAACCAAAAGGUGCUGCUAUAUAACUCUCGACUGAGACUCUUUCCAGGGAAGUUGAAAUCUCGGUGGAUGGGUCCUUUUCUGGUCACAAAGGUGUUUCCCCAUGGAGCAAUUGAAAUUAAAAACUUGAGGAACAACUCUAUCUUCAAAGUGAAUGGUCAACGUCUCAAACCGUACUUGGAGACAUCUUUUGACACCAAUGAGCAGCAUGUUUCCUUCACUGAUCCUCCAAAUGAAUGAGCUUAAACUUGGUCUGGCUGAAGACAUAAAACUUAGCGCUUGUUGGGAGGCAACCCAAUGAUUCUUGGAAGAAAAGGAGUGCGUGUUCAGCAAGAAUGAGGCUUCUAAUCAUGUCACAUCUGCUACCUUCA